CUCGCUGUCUACUCCCUCACCUAGCAUCCCUCUGCCCACUGGGAUUCCUCCAGGCCACUCGUGCUCCCCCUGCCUUCUUCCUGACUUACGGCCAGCCGCGCUUGAAAAGCAGCCGGCUCCGUCCUCAGUUAAACUGCUCGAGUUUUCCUCGGGACAUGCAGGGCUGAUCCAAUGCCACGAUGUCUGCCAUCUCAUGCCUCCUCCCAAUAGGUACCAGAGCUCACCCGACCUGCGACUACCCCCCUCGCAGCAGUUGGAUACGAGCCUUCCCGCCCGCUACGCUUCGAUGUCAACCCCCGACUCGUUCUCCUACAAUGCCUCUAUCAGACGACUCGGUUCCAGGCGUGCUCGCCCUACCGCGGCGUCGUUAGCAGACCUUUUCGUCGGCUCCUUGGUCAUGGCAGGGUACUGCCAUGAACACGCCCCUCGCGCCAGGCGGCUGUCUACAAUUCCCAUGAAUAAUCCAGGGGGCAACGUGGUUAGAUGGCAGGACCGGCGUUUGGCACACCGCAGGCAAUUGUCGUCAAAACAUCGUCUUGAUUGUCUAGGCGCAUCAGCGGGGGCGCUGCAUCAUUCAAGUGCACAACGAAUGAUUAAUUCCGGGGUUGCAUUGAGAGUGGAAGAUGAUGAUGGCCAAGAGAGCCGUUUUGCGAACAGCCCGUCCAAGCGCCCUUCAUUCGACAAGCGUUACCAAGGCACGAAUACGAAUUCAACGUUACAACACCAAAAUGCUGGGUUGCAGGAAACAUCUCUGGAAACAUCUAGCAGACAGAUACCAACGGCAGAUACGAACCCAACCAGCGCAGAUAGCUCUACUGCGAGCCUCAGCACCCCUGAAGGUGAGGGAAUGAGCAAGCCAGAGAAAUAUCGUCACUACAGGAGAACGAGUCCAACCAAGAAGACAUACAUAUCAACCUCGCACGUAUACCGAGCUGCCUUUGGUGAUUCACUCAACUGGAAACAGGCAGUUGAUCUUGUCGCUCAUGAGGCACCAAAGGCGUUGCCCGCUAUUGAUGCCUCCCAGAAGAAGGUGGACAACUCGCGCGAUGCCUUGGAGUACCGUUCCGUCGAGAUCUUUUUGGACGCUAUGUGGGACGAAAAGAUCUCCAACCAUUAUGUCUUUCGACUCUACCGAGAUCUUCCUGCCCCCGGAGUUGCGUACUUGUCCAAGAGCUCUCGGGGGGCUCUCUUACGUCGAUUCGCCGAUCCUCCGCAUCGCCGUUGGGUCGAUUCUCGGCGCUAUCUUGCGUUGGUGGAUGAUAUGGUUGCUGCAAAGCUGCCCAUGUCCCUCUCACUGUGGAGUUCCGCUAUACAUCUUGCAGGCCGGGCAUCAGGCAAGGUUCGCCAGCGAGAUUUGGUCAAGGCGAUUGGUAUCUGGCAGCAAAUGGAACAUUUGGGAGGUAUCAAAUCCGAUGGCGUUGUAUUCACCAUCCUCUUCGAUAUUGCCAUCAAAGCGAGCCAGUUCACUGUUGCGGAACGACUAUUGGAAGAAAUGAAGAAGCGUAAUAUCCAGUUCCGUCGCUUCGGGAAGGUCUCGCAGCUGUAUUAUUGUGGCAUGCAAGGGGAUGUUGCUGGCAUCCAGCAGGCGUUCGAAGAAUUUGUGUCGAGUGGUGAGAUUGUUGACACGGUCGUCAUGAAUUGCCUAAUGGCGUCCUUCAUUCGCGCGGGGGAUGUGGAAACAGCACAGCAGAUUUAUGCGCAAAUGAUGGAGGCUCAGGCUACCUUGCAGCAAGCAGGCGACCAGAGUCUCGGGUCGCAACAUCCAGGAAGUCCCAAUCUUGUGUCAGAGAUGAACCUAUAUCGAAGCCGAGUCAGAAAGUUAGGUCGGGUUCUGCAAGAAUCCACAUCACUCCAAGGCAUCCUGCCUGACCACCAUCGGGCCCUUCAAAAUUCAGUUCGGGCGAUUCCUGACACGCGGACGUUUCAUAUACUUCUCUCGUUGCACGCCCACAAAACGGCCGAUAUACAUGCAUUUAUGUCUGUUCUUGCAGACAUGGAGAAAGUAUUUGUGGUGCCCCCGCGUGGUAUGAUCUACCUUUUACUUUUCGAUGGGUUCGCCCGAAACGGGCGCCACCGCAAGGGCUGGACGGCCGAACGGUUGCAAGUGACAUGGAAAGCCUAUCUACGUGCUCUCUAUGAGUCAAGGGGGCGACUCACUGAAAUGUACCGCAGUCAUCAAGGGAAGCCGGUUGCGGAGAAUGCGUCACACGGUGGCCCCGUCGCUCUCGACGUAGGCUGGCCUUCUAUCUCGCGAAAGCCAAGCGGCCUAUAUACACCAUUGCCCUUGGCUGGCACCGCUACCAAGGGGUCUGGUGAUGUUCGAAAUCAGGAACAGCAAGUCAUGGAGCCGUCGGACGAGGAUAUCGAUAUUGACGAAUUGUUCAAACAGCAAGCUCAGAACCCACAGCCUGAGCCGCAAGCGUCGGAAGAGAAUGAGCGUCGGAUCGAGAAUGGCGUAUUUCUCGGUCGCCGGAUGAUCAUCAUCAUUCUCCGGGCAUUUGGCGCUUGCUGUGGACCGGACGAGCUCACGAGGGUCUGGCUGCAGAUCGAACGGAUCUGGCAGCCCGAGAAGCGCAAGGCGCUGGACGUCCUGGCUGUCAAGGAGGAACUAGAGAGGCAGAUGAAUAGACUCCAAGGGCGUUACUAAAUAAAGGGGACUAGGAAUGGGACGGGGAUGCAUGUAUAGUAUUAUAGACCUGUUAUAUAUACCCUCAGGCGCAGCCUGAUUACGGUGUUUCCAACGGCACCCUCGGCGGAUGCCGCUUGUUUUCCUGUACAGUGGACAAGCUCAUGUGUUUUUACUAUUACUUUAGUUUCUGAAAUCACUUAAAAUGC